AUGCCGCGUGACGUGACUUGCGCAUCAGAGGCGGCGGUGACUGAGCUGCUUCUAAGCCUGAAGAGGCUGAAUGUUGCGGCCAAGGCAUGGCCUGUUGGCCCAAGGAAGCUGACAGCUUCGGACUUGCUGCACUCGCUGAAUGUGGCUGGUUUAGUUGUUCAGGAAGCAUCCGUGUCCAGGUUCAUCGAGGCGCUGACGGAUCUGGGCCUCGUCGAGGCUGGAGAGGUAGUGGCAGAUCCCAGGCGAUUCCCGUGGCAGAGAACGCUGGUGGCCUUGCGGGAGAUGCGAAGCGAGGUAUCGGCAGAGCAUGGGCGAAGAUGCGUGGAGGAGUUGUUGAAUCGAGCCUGGGCACAGCAUGAGUUUGGGGUGGCCGAGAUUGCUGAAGAGGUCUUGGACUGGCUGUUGCAAAUUAACGAUGCCCGGCCAGUUGGCAGAUCGCAAGAUCUGUAA